AUGUUAGCCCGGAUAUCCGGAGGGUUCGCUAGCCCUUCCAAACAACCUCUCGUCGAGAUUGACUCUUCGCACCCGGCUUGGCCUUGGGGUCCGUCAGAAACGAAACCUCCCCAUUCGGCCGAGGACGAUAGUGUGGACCAGCUUGAACCCGUGGGGAUCUUUAUCGGGGUGAUGACCAUGGAUAGAGCGAGGGAAAAGAGGAUGUUGAUCCGGCAGACGUAUGGCAGUCAUCCGAAGAGUCGGGUGAGAGGGACGGAGAGCGUCAGUAUUCGGUUCAUCAUGGGUAGGCCGAAGGACAGGUACGCUCAGGAGGUGGAGCUGGAGAACGACACCUUUGGUGAUAUCGUCAUCUUAGACAUGGAGGAGAACAUGAAUUCUGGCAAGACACACAAGUACUUCAGCUGGGCGGCUGAUCACGCAAUGGUUCCGGAAUACACCUUCUUCGUACCCUCGGAGAGAGCGCAAGUUCCGCCAAAUGGUAGCGAGACUACAUUCAGAUCCGAGUCUGGAACUCGGUCACGAAGAUUGGAUGCCCUGGACCCUACCGCGCAUGCGCUCUACGCGGGCGAGAAACGUCCAGACUACGUUUUCAAGGCGGAUGACGAUGCUCUGAUCGUCCUCGGCGAGAUGGAGCGGAGGUUGAGGGUAGCACCUCGCAAGCUCACCUUCUUUGGCUAUCUGGUCAAGAACACGUUCAUGGCCGGGGAAUGUUAUGGCAUGUCGCUGGAUCUCGUACGUUACAUCGCCGAUUAUGAGCCGCUGCGCAAAAUGGUGAAAGGGAAGGAGGACAAAUUGGCUACCAAGUGGAUCAAGAUGCAUCCCCAGCGGGAAGAUAUCGUCUGGAUUAGCGAGAGAUGUGCCAUCUACGACCACCCGAAGGCUGGCACUGUAUACUCCCACGGAUUCCUGUUCCCCAACACAAUCGACGAGGUCCGGGCCGAAGACACCGAACAGAUGACCCCUCUCGAACUACAAUGGAGGGGAGGGAAACAUUGGGCUGCGACUUACUCGACCGUCUCGCACUUCGGUACACCUUACACCCCGCCUUUCGACCACAUGACAGCCUUGCAGCAAGUAGAGGCUCUCGUGGAAGGAAGCGAGAUGUCACUGUUCUCAAGACUGCACGCCGCCAAACAUCCUCAUGCUCAAAGCGUCCCCCUAUGGAAGACCGAUGCGGACGAAGCAGCUCUAGCUAUAAAAACUUACGAACGCCGGCCAACACGACAGGUCAGAUUCCGCAACGACCCAAAAGAGCGAGGAGGUACCAUGGUCGUGCACUUUAUCAAGCACGAGUCGUGGUUCUUAGAGACGGCACUCGCGCUUUUGGGGCCCCACAACAGCACGGAACUAUAG